GUGACCCCGAGAGUUCGCGCAGUGCAGCCAUUUCGAAGCGUUUGUUCGUAAGGUCGUGAGAAUAUAGUAUCAAAUAAGGUAGGAUAGAGCGUGGGCCUCUCGAAAAAUAGAGGCAGGGAUUACGAGAACUUUAGAAGAUUGUACUCUCCGUGGAAAGCCUUUGUGAUUAGGCAAACAAACACUUGGGCUGCGCGAAGUCAAAUGGAAGGCUAACCUGUUGAGAGGAUGGAAGGUUGUAACAAUUCUGAUGAACAAAUGAAAUAGUUGGCAUUACCUCUAACACUGUCACCAGAAAGUUCCAAACCUCAGGUCUCGGAAUUUAUUUGUCACUUGACAUUGGGGGUGAGCUACAACACUAAGUUUCUAGUGAAAUCAAAAAUGACAUCCUCUGUCACCUUAAAACAGUUUACUGAUCCCCAGGCCGAAUCCUUUGAACAGGUUGUUGUGGAAAAUACAACUAAAUCAAAGUGUGCGAUGGGCAGCUUGAAAAAGAGGGAUACAACCUCAAGCACCUUUGAGGAACCUUGUAAAGGAAGAGAGGAAAGUGUAAUGCCUAGUUCCAAGAUCACCAUGACCGGAGAGGAUUGCUCUGAGUUACACAAGAAUCGCUGUGCAGCCAACACUAGUGAACAUUUUGACCAGCUUAUCAAGAAUUAUCCUGAAUUUGAAGGCCAUAAGGCUUGUCUGGCCAUGUUCCUUUUGGAAACGGAGAGUUUCAGUGAGUGUGGACAGAAACAAGACCAUUAUCAGUGCAUUGCUUUGGGAACUGGAGAUGCAUGCUGCAGUGAUUGGUUGUCAUACUCUGGAUGCAUUGUUCAUGACUGCCAUGCCAUUGUCAUUGCUCGACGAGCUUUGAAAAGAUUCCUCUUCAAGCAGCUCUUGCUUUACUAUUGCAGAGAUCCUGAAGUCCAAAAGAAUUCUUUAUUUUGCAAGUCUAAUGAUUCCUCACUGCUGUGCUUUAAGCCAGGAACCUUCCUCCACUUGUAUACCAACGUAAUUCCACGUGGACCAGCUCAGUGCAUUUUGAAGAAUAAUCCCAAGUCUUUGAAGUUGCAGUGUCAUAGCCAUGGCUCACUCAUAAAUGUAAUCAAUCAAAAUCCAAAGAUAUCUGCUUCCCGGAUCUGCUGCAUGUCUGGUUCUGACAAACUAACACGUUGGUCAAUGCUGGGGGUACAGGGGGCACUGCUGAGUCACUUCAUCACACCAUUUUAUAUUACCAGCCUUGUUCUGGGAGACCAGGGUCACAACAUAGAACAUGUUUCAGAGGUUAUUAACUUUCGGCUAGGUGAAGGCCCAUUGAUGAAGCUGCCAUAUCCAUUCACUAUAAGUCACAUCUACUUCUUCCGAGGGGGCAAUGUAGUGCAUGACACCAGUAACUCUGAUGAAAAACAAAGUUUGAACUGGUGUACUGGGGAUGAGGCGAUUGAGGUUAUAGACAGCACAACUGGAAUGGUUCAUGAAACUUCCCCUCUGAGAAGUGAGAAGCAUCAGUUCAGCAGAAUCUGUAAGGCUGCCUUCUUUAGUGUCUUUUGUCAGGUUGCUGCUAAGGUGGGUUCUCAGGAUCUGCUAGACCUCCAUUCACACCAUGAAGCCAAGAUGGGAGCCCAUCUCUACCAGCAGGUAAAGCAUAACAUCAAUCAGCAGCUGAUGUUGAAUGGAGCUGGGGUGUGGAAUGCCAAGCACCUGGUAGACCAGUUUAGUUGUGUUAGGGCACGCACAGUGAAGUAGGUGAUGAGGAAGAACCGGUCUAUCAACUAUAGAUGUGAGAAUACUUGGUUGUGAGA